AUGCGGAACUGUAACUAUUUUUCUGUGAUUCUGUUUAUAUGGGUUUCGGGUUUAGCAGAAAAAAAAAUCAAAAAUUGGUAUUUUCCAGUCAAUGCCUCUGUGGAUCGAGAACAUUUAAUCAAACUAGCAUGUGCCAGAAAUCCCGACCUGGAAAUGUGUGAGCAAUUAAAAGCAAGAAGUGCCAGAGAAUCAUCAACUACACAUACAAAUUCCAAAAAAGAUGGAGUAUUGGAAAUGGUCGAACCUCCACCAUUACCUCCGAAUAUGAAAUCAGCGAAACGAAGAGAAAUUAGGCCGGCUGCACAUGAUGAGGAACAUAGACCUGUGGGUGUGGCGCCGCUACCGACUGAGCCACGCGGGCAAAGAGAAAGCGCACGCCCGAUUGCAUACAUAAAGGCGAGGACGACAGAUGUACGCAGAGUGACAUUAAGCGUUCGCUACCGAGCCCUGAGUGCCGAAGAAGUGCGUAUUCUACAAACGAAAUGUGCGAGAGUGGGACCACUAGUUCAAAAGCACUGUCAACCGAAAAAGACGUCAGCCAGAAACGCGGGAAGAUGUGCAGCCUAUUUCAGAGAUUGUGCUCCGUUUAUUGAGAAAAGUGAUCCAUUGGCUUCGAUUGCAAAUUCCUUCGAUUCGGGGGUUAAUAUAAAUCUUGCAAAUGUAGAUGUGAAGGGUAUUCCAUAUUAUCCAGUAAAUGAAGAAGGAGCUGUUGGAGUUGGAUUGGGAUUGGGAAUUCCAUUUGGGUCAUGGGGAGGAGGUUUCUCGAAUUCUGUUGGUGUCAGAGACUAUUUCCAUGGAGACCAAGAAGUCGGAGCCAACUGGUACGAUGGAAUGUACGGAUAUAAGAAUCACUGGAACAUUCCAUUGGUGCAAUCCUUGGGUGUCGAAGGAGGUCAACACAAUACCGUAUCCUUCCCACUACACGGAAAAGACGCGGGAAAUUUGAAAGUGGAUAAUGGAUACGGAGUUGGAGGAUACUAUCAACAGAACGAUCACGUUGGAGUCAAUUAUAAAUCUGGAGAUGUGAAACACACAUUUGGAGUUAGCUCUCCGUUUGUUGGAGCCGGUUUUCAGACAGGACAAGCUGUUGCUUUUCCUGGCUUGGAUGUUUGGGAGCGUGCACUUGGAUGA